AGCAGGCAGCGCGGGACAGUGAUGCCAUCUGUCAGCUGACGUGGCUCAUGUAAACAGUGACUCUCUUCCCAACAUUUCCCACCAUGAGGCGCCUUCCUGCCCUUAUUAUCCACCUCACCCUGCUGGCCGCCACCCUGGGGGACGAGCACACCCACACGUACAAGGACCAUGAGGAGGUGGUGCUGUGGAUGAAUACAGUGGGUCCCUAUCACAACCGCCAAGAGACCUAUUCGUAUUUCUCUCUGCCCUUCUGUGUGGGGCCGAAGAGCAAGAUUUCCCACUACCAUGAGACUCUUGGAGAAGCGUUGCAAGGGGUGGAGCUGGAAUUUUCAGGACUCGAUAUUGACUUCAAGGAUGACAUCCCCAAGACCCCAUACUGUGAGGUGGAGCUUAAUGAAGUUCGUCUGAAAACAUUUAUUUAUUCCGUCAAAAACCACUAUUGGUAUCAAAUGUACAUUGACGACCUGCCUAUCUGGGGUAUUGUAGGGGAGAUCGACGAAGCCACAGACACUUACUACAUCUGGACACACAAGCGCUUUGAUCUCGGACAAAAUGGAGAUCAAAUCGUGGACGUAAAUUUGACCUCAGAGGCUCGGCAGAAGCUGGAGCUCGGAGCAAAGGUCAAAUUUACAUACGAGGUCAACUGGAAAAGGUCGCAGGUCAAGUUUGAAGACCGAUUUGACAAGUAUCUCGACCCAAAUUUUUUCCAGCAUAGGAUCCACUGGUUUAGCAUCUUCAAUUCCUUCAUGAUGGUGAUAUUCCUUGUGGGCCUUGUGUCCAUGAUCCUGAUGAGGACACUGAGGAAGGACUAUGCUAGGUACUCAAAGGAUGAAGAAAUGGAUGAUAUGGAGAGAGACCUGGGAGACGAGUAUGGGUGGAAACAGGUCCAUGGCGAUGUGUUCAGGGCGCCAUCUCACCCCCUCAUCUUCUCAGCCCUGGUUGGGUCAGGUUGCCAAAUGCUCACAGUGACCUUUUUAGUAAUACUGCUGGCGAUUGUUGGAGAAUUAUAUACAGAGCGCGGGUCGAUGGUCAGCAUUGCAAUCUUCAUCUAUGCAGCCACCUCUCCUGUUAAUGGCUAUUGGGGCUCACUGUACGCCAGGCUCGGAGGCAAGGUGUGGAUAAGGCAGAUGAUGGCCUCGGCACUGCUCCUCCCGGCCCUGGUGUGUGGCACUGCUUUCAUCAUUAACUUCAUUGCCAUCUACUACCAUGCCUCCAGAGCCAUUGCCUUCACUAUCAUGCUGGCAGUGGUGUGCAUCUGUGCGUUUGUGAUCCUGCCCCUGACGCUGGUGGGCACAGUGCUGGGGCGGAACCUGGCGGGGCAGCCCAACCACCCCUGCCGAGUGAACGCUGUGCCCCGCCCCAUUCCGGAGAAGAAGUGGUUCAUGGAGCCCCUGGUCAUUAUUCCCCUGGGUGGUGUGCUCCCAUUUGGUUCCAUCUUCAUUGAAAUGUACUUCAUCUUCACCUCCUUCUGGGCAUACAAGAUCUACUACGUGUACGGGUUCAUGCUGUUGGUACUCCUGAUCCUCCUGGUGGUGGUUGUGUGCGUCACCAUCGUGUGCGCGUACUUUCUCCUGAACGCUGAAGAUUAUCGCUGGCACUGGACCGCCUUCCUUGCCGCAGCCUCCACAGCAGCAUAUGUGUACCUCUAUGCUGUGUACUACUUCUUCUUCAAAACUAAGAUGUACGGCCUUUUCCAAACGGCCUUUUAUUUUGGCUACAUGGCCCUCUUCAGCCUGACCCUCGGCAUUAUGUGUGGGACAAUCGGUUAUCUCGGAACCAACAAGUUUGUCUGCAAGAUUUACUCCACUGUGAAGAUUGAUUAGGUUAGGUUAGGUUAGGUUAGGUUAGGUUGUGUCUGUGUGUGUGUGUCUGUGUGUGUGUGUGUGUGUGUGUGUGUCUGUGUGUGUGUGU